GAGCCUGCCAGAAGAUUCAGAGCUGAAUUCCUGGCGAGAUUGGACGGUUUGGUGACACUCCAAGGGUCAAGGGUUGUCCUACUCGCCACUACUAAUGCCCCAUGGAAUUUGGAUGCAGCUCUGCUGAGACGUCUGGAGAAACAUGUGUUGAUAAAUCUUCCGGUAAUUUCUGCACGACGAGAAAUGCUGAAAUAUUAUACAGCCCCGGCUCUCCAUAAGCAGAAUGACUUCGAGCAAUUGAUAAAAGAGACUGAGUUCUACUCUGGAUCAGAUCUGAAGCAGAUGUGUAAAGAGGCCUGGAUGAUUCAAAUGCGGCAUUAUCUCUCUACAGAUAAUAAAUCGAAGGUGCCAGAUCAGAUUAAUUCCCUGGACGUUAUGAAGACUGCAAGAAAAAUCAUUCUCCCCACAACGAAACACUUGACUGGUAGAUACAACGAAUGGGAAUCGAGAGUUAAGUGAUUAAAUC